AUGGCUGAUCCUGAAGGGGCAAUGAAUGAGAACAAUAAUAAUAUACCACUGAACAAUCCACCGGUGGUCAAUCAGCCAAUGGCUUUGCGAGAUUAUGCAUUGCCACCAACUGUCGUUCAAUCAGUGAUAAGGAGGCCGGCUAUUCAGGCGAAUAAUUUUGAAUUAAAGCCAGUAAUGCUGCCGAUGAUUCAAGCGAUCCAAUUUAAUGGAUUGCCGAAUGAAGAUCCUAAUGCUCACAUCGCAAAUUUUCUGGAGAUUUGCGAUACUGUCAAAUACAAUGGAGUCAAUGAUGAAGCUCUUCGUCUUCGUUUGUUUCCUUUCUCUUUGAGAGAUAAAGCAAAAAAUUGGUUGAACUCACUGCCGCCAAAUUUGAUCACUAAUUGGGAAGAAUUAGUUCAGAAGUUCCUUUCUAAGUUCUUCCCACCGGCUAAAACAGUGAAGAUGCGCAAUGAGAUCAAUAAUUUUGCUCAAUAUGAAGGUGAAACACUAUAUGAAGCAUGGGAGAGAUACGAGGAACUGCUGAGAAGAUGUCCUCAUCAUGGUCUACCUAAAUGGAUGCAAGUCCAUAAUUUUUAUAAUGGAUUGAGUGGCACUACAAGAACUCUAAUUGAUGCAUCAGCAGGAGGAGCAUUAAUGAAGAAAACUGAAGAUGAGGCAUAUGAGUUGCUAGAAGAUAUGGCGACCAAUAAUUACCAGUGGCCUAGUGAAAGAAGCAUACGAAAGAAGACAGCUGGACUACAUGAAGUUGAUGCCAUUACUAAUUUGACUGCCCAAAUUGCUUCUCUUUCCAAACAAUUACAGAGUACUCAAUUGAUAGCCAAUGCCAUCCAAACAUCCUCUCCAGUGUGUGAGUUUUGUAGCGGAUCUCACCAAAGUUCUGAGUGUCAAGCGGACAACCCAUUUACGCAGGCACAAAUGGAACAUGCUCAAUAUGUGGGGAAUUACACUAGACAGCAGAACAAUCCGUUUAAUCAAGGAUGGCGUAAUCACCUAAACUUGUCUUGGAGAAACAAUCAAAAUGUGUUACAGCCCGAACAGAGCAACCCGCCACAAGAGAAGAAGGUGAAUCUGGAAGAGGCAAUGGCUCAAUUGGCUACUUUUCACAUGCAAUUCAUGAAUGAAACCAGGACAAAUUUUCAGAAUCAAUCGGCUCAGAUCAGAAGUUUAGAGGUACAAAUCAGUCAAAUGGCUAACAUGUUUUCUGAGAGGCAACAGGGAAAUUUGCCUAGCACUUCUGAAGUGAAUCCAAAAAGAGAUGGAAAAGAGUAUUGCAAAGCAGUUACCUUGAGAAGUGGUAAAGAAUUAGAAGCUCCGGUGAGAAUUGAAAAGCUUGACAAAGAUGAAAAAAGGGUGUCGUCUCAAACACAAGAGGCUACAAAAAAGGAUAUUGAAGUUAAGGUAGAAAAUCAAGAACAACCUCCUCAAGAACCAUCUCUCAAAGUUCCUUUUCCUCAACGCCUGAAGAAAAGCAAACUAGAUCAACAGUUUGUUAAAUUCAUCAAUGUAUUCAAGAAACUUCACAUCAAUAUUCCAUUCGCUGAAGCUCUAGAACAAAUGCCGAGUUAUGUGAAGUUUAUGAAAGACAUCUUGUCAAACAAGAGGAAACUUGAGGACUAUGAAACAGUUGCACUUACUGAAGAGUGCAGUGCCAUUUUACAAAGGAAGUUGCCCCAGAAGCUUAAAGAUCUAGGGAGUUUCACCAUCCCUUGUUCAGUUGGGAAUGCUGUGUUCGAGAAGGCAUUAUGUGACUUAGGUGCAAGCACCAACUUAAUGCCUUUAUCUAUCUUUCAAAAGUUGGGUUUAGGUGAAGUAAGACCUACCACAGUGACACUACAAUUGGCAGAUCACUCUAUCAAGCACCCUAGAGGAGUAAUUGAGGAUGUGCUCGUUAAAGUUGACAAGUUUAUCUCCCCCUGCAGAUUUCAUAGUUCUUGA